GUCAUAAAAACUCCGUGCGUUAUUGACCUCAACAGACUCCUUUGUGUCAGAGCCGGUGGAAGAUAUGACGCGGGAAGUUUGGGACCGAUAUAUAUUUCGUACUUUUCCGCCAAAUUAAACGAACUAGUUAGGCUUGAACACUCAGUUAUGUUUCUCCUCUCUUCUGACAUAUGGACACGCCGUCUUUGUUUCUUUUGUUCAUAUAAUUGUUAACAUAGGAACUUUGCCUCUUUUGUUUAAGGUUUUGUCAGUGAUUGAUCUGUAGUAGCCUCAGACAGCAGUCAUGGUUUUGAUUCUGGGACGACGUGUGAACCGCGAGGAUCCGGCAGUGGUCCGCGACUUGCCGGCGGUCAAGCGUAAAGUCUUUGAGAUGGACCCCAAAAAUGUGGACGACUCCAUGGAUUUCUCUUCAGGCUCGUCACACGCCGAGGGCGUGCUGCACGUCUUCGACGAGUUCCGCACAAAUCGUCUGUUCACAGAUGUUGUGAUCGGUGUGCAGGGGCAAGAGUUUCCGUGCCAUCGCGCCAUGCUCUCUGCCUGCAGCGUCUACUUCAAGGCCAUGUUCUGCAACGACCACCGUGAGAGCCGGCAGACCCUGGUGGAGAUCAGUGGUGUCCAAGCUGAGGCCAUGGAAGUCUUGUUGCAGUAUAUCUACACAGGCCGUGCCACAAUAACCACACAAAAUGUGCAGUAUCUCUUUGAGACUUCCAGCCUCUUCCAGAUUGGAGCCCUGAGAGACGCCUGUGCCAAAUUCCUGGAGGAUCAGCUGGAUCCGUGUAACUGCCUUGGUAUGCAGCGCUUCGCCGAGACGCAUUCACUCAAGCAGCUGGCCGGCCGCUGUCGAGGCUAUGCGCUGCAGUAUUUUCCAGAGGUUGCACAGCAUGAGGAGUUCCUGGACUUGCGCAAAGAGGAGCUGGAGGGGUAUAUAGCGAGCGAAGAGCUGAGUGUGAGCAGGGAAGAGGUGGUGUUUGAGGCCGUCAUGAGGUGGGUCUACCACAGCGUGGAGUACCGUCGGCCAAUGCUAAAGGAGCUGCUCCAGCACGUCCGGCUGCCACUACUGCACCCCAACUACUUUGUACAGACGGUGGAGGGAGAUCAGCUGAUCCAGAACGCUCCUGAGUGUUACCAGCUACUGCACGAGGCCCGGCGCUACCACGUGCUCGGCAACGAGAUGAUGUCACCUCGGACCAGGCCACGCAGGUCGACAGGGUUUUCAGAGGUCAUCGUGGUGGUCGGUGGCUGCGAGAGGGCAGGAGGAUUUAACCUGCCCUACACAGAUUGUUAUGACCCUUUUAUAGGCGAGUGGAAGUCGCUGGCCAAGCACCCUGAGUUCACCAAGUCGGAGUACGGCGUUUGCGCCCUGCGCAAUGACAUCCUCGUCUCAGGUGGACGCAUCAACAGUAGUUAUGUGUGGAUGUACAACUCUCAGCUGAACCUGUGGAUCAGGGUGGCGUCGCUCAACAAGGGCCGCUGGAGACACAAGAUGUCCGUUCUGCUAGGAAAGGCAUACGCAGUUGGAGGAUAUGAUGGUCAAAAUUGCCUCAGUAACGUGGAAGUGUACGACUCCUUCUCUAACCGCUGGACGGAGGUGGCUCCUCUGAAGGAGGCUGUGAGCUUCCCGGCUGUGGCCAGCUGUGCUGGAAGACUGUUCGUCAUCGGCGGGGAACCCGACGAGAACAGCUGCACAGAUAAGGUGCAGUGUUAUGACCCGGAGACAAACAGCUGGCUGCUGCGAUCCAACAUUCCCAUUUGUAAGCGCAACAUCACGGCCGUGUCUCUGAACAGCCUGGUGUACGUGUGUGGCGGACUAACCAAGUGUAUCUACUGCUACGACCCGGCACAAGACUUCUGGAUGCCUGUAGUCAACACCUUCAGCAGACAGGAGUGCUGCGGCAUGUCUGUGUGUAACGGGAAGAUCUUCAUCCUGGGUGGACGUGGUGAGAACGGUGUGGCUUCUGAUAGUAUCAUGUGCUACGAUCCUGCAACCGGCAUACUGACCGGUGUCGCCGCCAUGCCCCGUCCCAUCUCCUGUCACGGCUGCAUCACUAUACACCGAUUUGACGAGAAGCUGCACCGGACCUGAGAAAGACACUGACGCACACACACACACACACACACAAUACUAACACAGCAGGAUCUGUUAAAACACCCAGAACAACAAUCUGGACUGUACACGUUAAAAAGGCUCGAGUUUGUGUGUUUUUGUUCUGCCGAUCUACUGCUUUCACGUCCCUUACGACAUUAACAAGUCGCUUUAUUUUUACAUCAUUCUGUCAUACACAAGUAGCCCACCUUCUCUACUUCUGUCUGAUCUCGAGCUUUUCCGUCUUCCUUUAUUUUAUUUGAUUUUAUUUUAUUUUAUUUUAUUUUAUUUUAUUUUGCUUAUUUAAACCUGAUGUGUUUUGUCUUAACACAUGUUUUUUCUGUUCCAGUUUCACUCACUCUGUUGCAGUUAUUUUGGUCAUGUAUUUUUCUCAUUUUCAUUACUGUAGCCACAUCUGUCUCUCCCUCACCCUCUCUCUCUCUCUCUCUCUCUCUUCCUAGUAAAAGAAUGUAAAUCACACUUCUUUCCAGAUCAUUACAUGCUGAGGCACUGUUUGCAUUCCUAUCAUGCAACACGCAGCCCUAUGCAGUAGUGUUUUCAGCUUCACACACAACUCUCCACAGAACAGUAGCAGCAACAGUCAUAUAUCAGCUGCGUGGAUAUUUCUUCUUUUGUUUAAAGUUUAUUUGUCUGAUUUGUUUGUUAAUUAGCGUCGUUUUAUUACUAUCACUUUUUCCUCUUUUUUUUAAUUCAACAAUUCAUUUUAUUUGUUAUUCAUUUAUAAUUGUAUUAAUACCAUUUGAACUUUUUGAUUAUUUGUGUUUUAUAAUGACAUUGUAUUAUGCAGUAUGUAAAAGAAACUCCAUAGUCUACAGAUGAAUAUGUUUGACCGGUGUCAAAACGUGUGAAUUUUACCCUCUUUUAUUGACACUUGUAUUUUUGUGCUUUCUUUUUUUUUUUACACACUUUCGUUGUGAUAAUAUUGAUUUUGAAACUUUAUAUAGGUUUCUUAUUCUAGCUGAUCGACAAAACGUUGCCGGACAGGACAGAGUGAUUUGUUGGAACUGUAUUUACUGUGGUCAUGUGGUCAACACAGAGAGAUGGACUGUUCUGAAUCAGGCGGUGUAUUUGCUGUGAAACUUUUCUUCUUCUUUUUUUAUCUUUUUAUUUAAGCGUGCCUAUGUGACUAUAACCAUUGUGCCUUUGUGUGUGUGUCUGUACGUGUGUGUGUGUGUGUGUGUGUGUUUUAAAGAAACCCCAGUCAUGCACUUAAUGUCAUGUUAAUGUGUGUCAUUGUCAGUGCUAUGAUGUCUUAAUGUAAAUACAUUGUUUUCUAUAUGUGUGUAUUUUUUAUGUAUUUUAUUAUUGGCAUGUUUUAUACUUCUGUUUGUACUGGACGCCAUUUUCCUUGUAUGUUGCCAGACCUAAUUUUCAAGUGCUCAGUUUAUUGAUAAUCAAGCAGCUUUAACUUUCCUCAAAAUCAAGAGAAGUAAGGUGACACAGAUCAAUGGAUUUCUGUAAUGAAAGUGAAUGAUGAAAUAAUUCGGUCUGAAAAUUAAUCUUUUAUAAUGUCUAAAGUGAAAAUAGUCAUUACCAAAGCAUCAGGUUUGGUUUAUCCAGAGUAAUCCCAUUACAUUCGUUGUCCUUCUUGGCACAUGCUUUUGCUCCAACUUUGCGCUUAGCUCUAUGUGUGUGUGUGUGUGUGUGUGUGUGUGUGUGUGUGUGUGUGUGUGUGUGUGUGUGUGUGUGUGUGUGUGUGUGUGUGUGAACUGAACCGAGUCAUUAGGUGAAACCGAGUCAUUGAGUGAAUUGAAUAGACGUCUGUGUUACGAAAUAUACAAGAAUUUGCCUAAUCGCUAGUUUUAUUUUGCUAUAAAGUUAGCAGAUUUUUCUUCAUGUAUCAGAAAGCAUCAAGAAAAAGAAAAGAUCUGUUUCUGCCGAUGGAUUCAGUGCAACAAGUUUGAUGGUAGUGAGUAUAGAAAUAAUUAGCCUCAAGUGUGGAAUGUGAAUUAAAUAAUCCUUUUUUUUUUUGUUUUAUAUA